GACCCGCUUUCUGGCUGGGAGCGGGUCCCCCUCCCCUCCGCACCAGAGCCCAAGGACUCCAAACUCAUUUACCCUGCUUUGCUGCGACACAUACAACAAAACACCAUCACAACACGUAAUCCGCGAACCUUGUCGUCCCGCUGUUUCCAGAAGCAGCAGCAGCCAUGGAGCAAUGGCAGGCGUACAACGACCCUGCCAGCGCCGGCGGCCAGCGACGAUACAAUGGAAGCACUGGCAACCAAAUGUCGCCGCGGGACUUUGGUAACAGCGGCCAGAACCCGGCGCAACAGCCCCCGGCGGGCUUCAAGUACGACAACUACCAGGGCGGCCUAAAUCCGCACCAGACGCCGCCGUCGGCAACGUCGCCUAUGGCGAGCCCGCUUCUGCACGACGGUAACGGCGACGUUUCGAUGCAAGAUUCCCAUGAUUCCUACGCCGGCCUGAACUCCAGCGCCAAGUACCCGAUGCGGCCCCUUCACCAACAACACCCCUCGAGCGGUCGCGCCGCCAACCUCCAGCAAGAACCUUCUGCCGCCGCGCAGCGAUACUCGCCCAUGGAGGUUUUGUCGCCUACGUCGCCUUACGGCCCCAAGUCUGGCAGCGCAAGCCAGUUUUCGCAGCAGCCCGCGCAACGGCAAUCGCCCACGCGCUCGUCAGACUAUGCCCCGCAGCAGAGCCCUUAUUACAACACCCGACAAGCCGCUCCCCAGCUGCCGCCCAUCAACCCAUACGGUGGCAGCCAGGAUUCCUACUCCCCGUCGGCCAUGACUCCCAUGGACGGCUCCUAUGUCGAUCCCAAAUCGCCCAAGCGUGCCCCGCAGCAGCCGACAAUGCAAGACAGGGGUCCUGUGCCUGAGUUCAAGCGCAUCCGAGCUCCGACAGAUCUUAAACCCAAGGUCAACAGCCAACCAGCAUUUCGACGAGCCAACCCCGAAGGUGGUUUCCUCAGCCCGCUCCAAGCGCUCACCGUGCAGCUCCCGGCCACGUACCGAAUCUGCAACCCCGGUUUCAAGUACGAGUCGUCGCGUAACCCUCGCCGUGUCUUGACGAAGCCGAGCAAGGGCUUGAAGAACGAUGGCUUUGAUAAUGAAGAUAGCGAUUACAUCCUCUACGUCAACGACAUCCUUGGCUCUGAGGAGGCUGGACACAAGAACCGAUAUUUGAUCCUGGAUGUUCUCGGCCAGGGUACUUUUGGCCAGGUCGUGAAGUGCCAGAACAUGAAGACCCAGGAGGUUGUCGCUGUCAAGGUCAUCAAGAACCGCACCGCAUACUUCAACCAGAGCAUGAUGGAGGUGUCUGUCUUGGAUUUGCUCAACACCAAGCUGGACAAGAACGACGACCACCAUCUCCUACGGCUCAAGGACACGUUUAUUCACAGACAACAUCUGUGCUUGGUGUUUGAGCUGCUCAGUGUGAACUUGUACGAGCUUAUCAAGCAGAACCAGUUCCGGGGUCUCAGCACAACCCUCGUUCGCGUUUUUGCUCAGCAGCUCUUGAACGGGUUGGCGUUGCUCAACAAGGCGAGGUUGAUCCACUGUGAUCUGAAACCAGAGAACAUUCUCCUCAAGAAUCUCGAGAGCCCGAUCAUCAAGAUUAUCGAUUUCGGUUCCGCAUGCGACGAGCGGCAAACAGUUUACACAUACAUCCAGUCCAGGUUCUAUCGGUCACCUGAGGUCCUCCUCGGCCUACCCUAUUCUUCGGCUAUCGAUAUGUGGUCGCUGGGGUGCAUCGUCGUCGAACUGUUCCUUGGCCUACCCUUAUUCCCAGGCUCUUCCGAAUACAACCAGGUCUCUCGAAUUGUCGAGAUGCUCGGAAACCCCCCAAAUUGGAUGAUCGAGAUGGGCAAGCAAGCCGGCGAGUUCUUCGAGAAAAGGCAGGACGAAUUCGGCAGGCGGACCUACCACUUGAAGAGCAUGGAGCAGUACUCGCGGGAACGCGGCACAAAGGAGCAACCCAGCAAGAAGUACUUCCAGGCGAACACGUUGCCCGAGAUUAUCAAAUCAUACCCGAUGCCUCGGAAGAACAUGAAGCAGUCGGAAAUCGAUCGGGAAAUGAAUAAUCGCAUUGCCUUUAUCGACUUUGUCCGGGGUCUGCUGACUAUCAACCCCCUCGAAAGGUGGUCGCCACAGCAGGCAAAGCUGCAUCCUUUCAUCACGCAACAGAAGUACACUGGCCAGUUUGUGCCGCCUAUGAACCUCAAGGCGAGCGCCCUCAACCGAUCACCAGCUCCGGGUACGCAACAACAAAUACAAGCCGAGGCCACGAGCAAGCAAAGGGCCCAGCUAGCUCAAGCCCAAGCGCAGGCAAGCACAGCAGCCCAAGGUGCCUACGGGUCGAUGGGCGCGGUACAGUACCAGCAACAAGGCCACGCACAGCAACCAGCGCCGCUGUACGGGAACAACAACAUGUACACUCCGACCGGCGCGCAGGCAGGGGCGCCGCCCCCGUACAGUGGGCAGCAGGGUGGAUAUGGCCAAAUGGGUAUGGCGCAGCCGCCGGUGCAAAUGCCGCCGGCCAACUACGCGCAAUCCAACAUGUACGCUCAGCAAAACCGGCCCAGGCAGCGCGCCUCUACGAUGGAACAGCAGCAGAGCGGCAUUCCCGCCGCUAUUCAGAGGGUAGCCAGCCACCUCGACCCGACUCAGCCCAUCCGACUCCAGCCCAGUCCGGCGUACUACCCGCCUCCCCCAGAAGGUUUGGCGGGCAUGGACCACCAGACAGCCAGCAGGCAACCAAGGAGAGGGAGCCGAGCGCAACAGGGGGGACGGGGCAACAACCGAGACUUUAUCCGGAAUCUGGAGGCGCGCACGAUGGAGGAGGGAUUCAUGGGCAGUGGCCAAAGCCCUUGGCAUUGAGAUUGGUGUCCGGGGGAGCUGGGAGGGCGGCGGGCUGCGAGUUGGAUACGUAUGAUUUACGCGAGAGACACGAAGCGGGAGAGAAGGGGCAUGAUGUUACGGGUUUCCCAUUGAUGCAAAUUG